AUGUCCAAUAAAAGUAUUUUAAAAUCGACACAAGAGAGACUCCAUGAUGAGAAUGACAGUUAUGGCAUGAAUAAUAGUAAUAAUAAUACUCUGCCCAGUAUGGGGUUCUCGAAGGUAGACUUGCUGGAUGGCAAUAAUACGACUUCCAAUAUAAAUACAUCUGGUAUGCAGAGUAAGUUGAACCGAAGGGUGUCAUUUGCACCAGAUGUCACAUUACACAGCUUUGAUUUUGUACCUGAACAGAGAUUGAAAGUAAGAGAACCACGUCGUAGGAUCCCAGUUGAAUUGUUGCCGACAAGUUCCCAGGAGUUAAAUACAGAUGUAAAUAUGGUCACUUCUACACAACAACCUGAUAUGAGUCUCGACUUAACAGAGCCUGUUCGUGCUGCAGUUCAAAUUAGUUCAAAUCGUGAGAGUAAUGGUGACGAAUUCACUAUGGAAAUGACAGAGUUAUUUGUUCAAGAUAAUGGGGAAUUAGCAGAAAAAUUAGGGGAUAAAGACAUGCUUGUAGAUGAUAAAUUGAAUGAAACAAUGGAUUUCACAAAGCCAAAUGGAAUUGUCGAAGAAUUUCAACAGACCAUUGACACUGCCUCGUCGUUAGAGCAGAAGAAAACAGAUAACAAUAUUACAAUGGAGUUUACAGGGGUAUUUAAUGAACGUGGAAAUACAGAGGAACAUCAACUUUCAUUCCACGAAGUAAACGCUGUUUCUCAAGGUGAAGCAUUGGAAAUGACAGAAGUAUUUAGCGCAGCUACGUCAAAACUUGCCGCUACCAAUGAAGUUACUACAGCAGAAAACGAUGAUUCAGAUAUGGAAAAAUCGAUAUCGGUAGCCAUGGAUUUUACAAUGGUCCAACCCAAUCUCCAAUCGCCAACAAAAUUGGACUCAAAAAGAAGAAAACUUGCUGAGGAUGGUGCGUAUGCUACUAAUGAUACUUCUGAGCCUCCUGUACUCUCAGCUUCAGUACCGUUGGUUGAUUCACAAACUGAUGAUAUUGUUUCGGAUAUUGAAAGAAUGUCUCCUAUCGCAAUGAGUUCAUUAGAACAUGAAAUAUCUUUAAAUAAACCCAUAAUAGUGUCCCCCAAUGCAAAAAUCGUGGAAACGAAAGAAACAACUGAUAACCUUGAAUCCAAUCGUCAUUCAAUUAAAGACUUUCUGAGAGAAUUAAAUCUUGACUUCGAUCAAUACAACACCGUCAGCGGAGAAGAAAAACAGGAUAUCAUUUUUAAACUAUCACAAUUAUCAGAAACCAAUGGAGUACCCAUCAAUCAGCUUUAUAAUUUUUUUUACAUUGAUACACCAAUAUUUGAAAUGAAUACUUUUAUUAUUACCGAGCUAUUGAAGAAAAUCUCUAAUUCUAAAAGCAUAUUAGAUGAUUUGGAUAAUCAGACUAUCAGUAACCCCCCACCAAUUAUUGCAGAAUACUAUGCAUCUGAUUUAUCACAUAAACAAUCCAUCAGUCAAAAAAUGUUAACUAUAAAGAACUAUUCUGGGUUACUUGCACAACGUGGUUGGUAUGAAUGGCGCAUCCAACAUUUGUUGGGUUUACAAAAUGUGCUUCAAGAAAAUAUUACAAUAUUGAAUGAAGAACUGGAGAAAAUAUCUGAAGAUUUAGAAAAUGUCAAAAACAUUAAAAACAGAACAGAUUCUAUUAGAGCUUCAAUUAGACGUGAGAUCAGACUUUUGAAGGAAUUACCAGCGGCAAAAUAUAAUAAGGAAUCAACUUUGAAUGAUAAGAUCAAUAUUGAAAACUUGAAGCAAGAACUAAUGGCGAAUGGCAUUAAACUAGAAGAAUAUACAACUUUGAAGACAAAGAAGGAGGGACUAUUACUAUAUGUUAAGGAAAUGAAUGACAAAAUUACAUCUGUUAGAAAAGAGAUUUCUGCUUUAGCAGCAGACACUAUGAAAGGGAAAGUAUUCACUACAUAUGAUAUUUCGAGACUAAAAAUGAAAUUCUCUUUAUUACAAAAUAUUACUAACGUUAAAUUUGUAUCUAUGGUUAAUUCAACAUUACAAAUUAAAUUAAAUAUUAAAAUGUUUCCUGUAAUUAAUGUUGAAAUGAGGAACUUCCAAAUUACCCAAAUAACUGAAAAUAUUUACUUAGAAGAAGGCUCUGAUCCAUUUAUUUCUCAAUAUGUUAAUCAAUUAUCAUCUGAAAUUGCCUUAAAAAAUAAUAAGGCUACAUUGAUGGAUGUAUUAUCAAACUUACUAAAACAAUUAGAAAGUGAUUCAACGUUUUUGAAACAAUAUAUAUCCUUCCAAUUGUUAUACAAUAUAAAACUUGUGGAACAUAUGGGUGUAUUUCAUCUAUUAUUCGCUAAUUAUGAUGUCAAAACAGAUAACAAGAUGAGGUUUCUAAUUCCCGCUAGGGAAUUUAUCAAUCUUGGUUCAAAUAAUAUGGGUAAAUUGAAUAUUAAAUUUGAAGCCAUAAGAGGAGAAGCAUAUGGAAAAGAUGAAGCAUUGGCACUAUUUAUUAAAAAAAUUAACAGGAGUUUACCUUGGAUAAAUGAUACAAAGGUUAACUUACUAUAUCUCUAA